AUGGACGACCUCAAGAUCAACCCGCAGGAAACAACACCACUCGGAACCCACGAAAGGAUCUCCGCCGUUUUAUGCCUGAUUAUCAUCCUAUCGACUUUCAGCAUGAUGCUCAACAACAUGUGGCUAUGCAAUAACAAGACCCUCUACAAGUUGAUGACAGCGCUCUUCACAACGGCUAGCGUGGCACUCACUCUCAUCAACAUCAUUUAUCGCGACAACCCUCGUCUGUGGACUCUUUCUAAGGGUAUCCUCACAGUGGUGGGUCGCUUGCUGAUUGCAUGGGCUGUGUCAUGGCUCGCAAGGCUGUAUCUUGGGGCAGGGGUCAUUGUCGAUGUUUUGUUCUGGUACCUCGUCAAGUUGGCGUUGCUUCCGCCGCAGGUUGUGGAGAUCUUGAAGCGGGUUCAGGCCGAGGGACAGUGA